GACGGAAGAGCGUAGGCUCCGUGUGCUGGGGAGGUUCACCAUGUCAGCCGUCUCGAGGAGCUACAACCCCUUCGACGAGGACGAAGAGGAGACGCGGGGCGGCGGAGAGGUGUGCGGUGCGGAGCGGCAGCGCUAUCUGCAGCAGGAGGUGCUGCGCCGCUCUGUCGCCACCGCCGACAGCACCGCGCGCUCCCUCUCGCUGCUCUACGAGUCCGAGCGCAUCGGCGUGGCCGCCUCCGAGGAGCUCAUACGUCAAGGAGAGGCACUGAAGCGUACAGAACAAAUGGUUGAUAAAAUGGACCAGGACCUGAAGACUAGUCAAAGGCAUAUAAAUAGCAUUAAGAGCGUUUUUGGAGGCCUGGUUAACUACUUCAAAGCCAAACCACCUGAGAGCAAACCAGAACAGAAUGGAAUGCCUGAAUAUUAUGGCAACAGUAGAUUAAAAGAAGCAGUGAUGUCUAGCAAAGAUCAAGACUCAAAAUUUCAGGAAAGUCAUCCAAAUUUAAGACGCCUAGAUAAUUCAGCAGAUAGUGAUUUCAGCAACAUAGAUUCAAUUUCUUCAGUGCAACGGGAUGCCUGUCCAAAGAAUCAAUGUCUGCAAGCUUACCACAAAAAAAUUGAUAACAACUUAGAUGAGAUGUCCUCUGGGUUGAGUCGUCUGAAAAACCUAGCUCUUGGUCUGCAGACAGAAAUAGAGGAGCAAGAUGAUAUGCUGGAUCGGCUAACCAAAAAAGUAGAGAUUCUAGACGUCGGUAUUAAAAGCACUGAUAAAAAAAUCCGACAACUUUAAAGAUCUAACAGAAAUUUUUGUCCAGCAUUACUUCUUCUCAGUUGUCUUUUCUCAACAGAUCUCUUUAAAAAAAAAAAACAGCCUUGGAUGACUUUUUUUUUCCCCCGUUAGGCUACUGUUUCUGUUGCCAUUAAAAGUGUAGCAUAAUACCUUAAGUUUCUUUCUAAUGUACAUGGGAGAAGUGUAUUUUGAGUAAAAUCUCUCAGUGCUCUUAAUUUUUUUGUAUUACUGUGCAUUGUGUGCAUGGAGGAGUCCAGAGUCUACAAAGUUUCAGUAUCCCUGGCCUGAAAGCUGCGAUGAGAAAAUUAACUACAUUUCACCUUUUCAGUUCCAGGAGGGGCGGGGAGAACAGAAUGUAUUCCUUUAUUCAGAUCAAACAUUGCAAAUUCUGUUUACCUGCAGCUAUAUAUAUAUAUAUGCUUAAAAAAUGCCCAUUUCCAGCUGUACAAAUAAUCUGAAGUGACUGCCUUCUUGGCAUUUUUGGGGCUUAAGGAGCUAACUCCUCCAUUGACUUUAGCAGGUACAGAAAGUUCCCAUAGAUGAAGAAAAGUUCAAAAAGUUUUGAGUCUUCCAGAUACAAGUUGGGUCUUCCAUUUUGUGUUAUUCAUUCGUAAAUAGAACUGCAGAGUAAUUACAGUUCUGCUCCAACCUGGAGACAUGACAGUGAGAGCUAGAUGUCUCUUGAAAACAAGUAAUUUCAGUUUGGAGAGAACCUGUGUCAUUAUUGCAAUACUCGCUAUCAAAACUGACAGUAAAAGGCCAAGAAGAGAAUCACUUUGUGCUGGUGCAACAUUCUCAUCCAGGUUAAGAUAACUAAGGUGUUUAGGACUACCAAGCUUUUAUCUUUCAUGAGUAUCACAUUCGUACUCUUUUUUUUUUUAAGGGAAUUUGUUACAUUGACUUGCUAUAAAGUUCACCCAAUAGGCUAAGGAGAUGUAAAAAGAACUAGACCAUUUCUUGAGUUACUAUGUCUCUGGGGAAUUCAACUGUAAAGACAAAUGAAUCACAAAAAAAAAAAAACCACACAAAAAAACACACACUUCUAAAGCAUAGUGUUAUGAAAAGUACAUGGUAGAAUUGUGAAUUAGUCUGAAGGUGAGCUGUUUCUCCUAACCUUGCUACUAUCAUUAAUUUAGUCUCUAAAAAAGAUAGCACUUGCAGAGGCUUAAAACUACAUGAGCUUUUGAGCAUGAAAAGCCUUAUUUGCUUUUGCUUUAAGGUAUCAUUAUACUAACAUGAAGUCUUGAAAAAGCUUAAUAUCAACAUUAUCAUCUACCGUUUUGGUCAGCGUCAUAAUUUUCUUUAACUGUUAGAAUAGUCAUUAAUUAUAUGAUCUAAUGCCUUGAGAAGGUUAUACUAGUCAUUAGUUAUCAAAAUCUGUUAAGCACCUCAGUGAAGGAAUAUUCCAAUUAUGAUUGUAUUUCUAUUGAUUAUAUAUUUGACUCACUCCCCGUUUUGUUAAUAAGGUAUAAAGAAUGGUGGUUUUACUUAUCUUAAAAUGGAUUUGUAAGAUCUGUCAAGAACAACAAAAAACCACCACAGUAAAUAACUCAUUGUAGGUUGAAACCUGCCCUCAUUUAUAUGCAAGUGUUUCAAAAUUAAGUUUUUUCCAAAGUCAGACUUCAGUAAAUUGGAUGUAGAUUGAGGUUUUUUCCCCCCACUAAGUUUGGGGAAGUGGAGGAAAAGCAUAGCUAGAAGAUCUAGUUGUAUUACAUGAAAUAAAUGCAGAGCUUGAUUCCCAGCUAAAAUUUUAGUUUAUUUAACUGAAUGUUGUCUUAACAGUAUGUUGUCUUUCUGAAGUCAGCUGUUCCUUUUUUUAGUCUAAGUUAAUUCACAGAAUGAACUCAAUUGUUUUGGUAAAUAGUUUAGUUGUAUCAGCAUUACUAAAAGUUUCAUGCAUCCUGAAUGUCCUUGAUGGCCUUAAAAACACAGGCAAAGAAGGGGAAUGAAAAGAAGUUUUUAAAAUCCUUAUUUCUGCUUUAAGAACCUUAUAAUCCAAGAAGACUAGGAUCUCCAACACGUGGAGGUUAUACAGAAGUCUGACUUCUUGCAUCUGUAACAAUUUAAUUAAUUGUCUCAGUAAUACAUUGUAAUGCUAUAAUGUGAUGGGGAAAGCACAGCAACAAUAGCAGGGUAACAAAGCCUUUAGCUGCGGCAAAUGAGAAUAAGCCUAAAUGCAACAGCUGUAGGUAAAGGGAAAAAUAAAUAAAUAAAAAAGCAGUUGCUUACCUUUUAAAGGCCUCAGGAUGGAAAAGAUCUCCAGCAAAAUACCUUUGCUUCUACUGCCAGCCCUUAAAUGAGGUCUGGGAAGGGGUGGAUCCUGGCUCCAACUCUUUAGAUCACUCAGGUACAUUGUAUGCACCUGAGUUUCUCUGGGCUGGCUCUGCCUUCUCCCUGGGUGCUCUAUUGCUGUUUCCAAGCUGUGACUUAGCAUUUCCACUAUAUGCUGUUUUUUUUCUUGCUACUUAGGCUUUUCUGUUCUAUUUAUUAUUUUUGUUUCAUUUAAAAUUCUUUUUUAAAGGAUUGUUUCACAUGUUGAGUUUCCUUUCUUAGGGGAAGAAAAAUUUUUACGAAUAUUUGUGCUACUAACUGAAUUACCUUUCUUAACUUUCGUGUGUUCUGCUGAAUUUACAUGAAGAAACAACUGUAUUUUGUAAGCGUAAUACUUUUUUUCUCAUUAGAGUAGCCUUUUCUCCUGUAGGAAGGUGGAAAUUCUAAGGUAGGAAGAAAAAGCACCGUGAUCUUUGCCUUUCCAGGAAAUGUCACUUUAUAUAUGUAAUGAAGUACUUUCUGUAACUUUUCACAUUGUUUUCUGUGAUGAAGUACAGUUUUAUUUCUUUUUGGAUACUGUUGAAAAACUUACUUUGUGUAAAGCAUAGGACUUUCAGAAGACUCAAGUGCUAACUUGAUAACUUAAACUGUUUUGCCUAAAUGUUUUUGUUGGCAUAAGAAACUGAUGUUCUUGCUCUAAAAUAGCUCUGAUCAGUAUUAUUCCUUUUGGCUUGAGUAGAAGCCUAAUAUUAAGGUCAGAGUAAGAGAAGAAAAUAUUCCUUUUAGUCUUCUUUGGGAAAGGAUACAUGUUGUUUCUCAGAAAGUUUGCUAAUAAAUUUUAAAGAGUUGUUAAACACUGGGGACUGGCAUACACUUUCUAACGUAUGUAUAGUAAGAUAUAUGCAAAAAACAGGAAGGAGGGGAAAAAAAAAGUGGGAAUAGUCAGAUGUGUUUACUAGUUUCCCCUGUGCGUAUAAUUUGAAGUUGUUUGAGUGUUGAAUUAAAUACUGUAACAAAUUAUGCAUAGCUGAAUUUCUUUCUGUACUACAAAGAUGUGUUGCUGUGCCUUGUUUUACUGAAAUUACUCAGACACUGUACUGUGCCCUAUUGGGGUGCAGAAAGUGUGCUAUCCAACAUUUCAAAGAGAAACUACUGCCUUUAUUUGGCUUAUAUAUUAAUGCUCUCUAUGUGAAUCUGGUCUUUUCCCAAAGGUUUUACAGUUGUUGGUUGUAUUUUUUGUUGUUGCUUUGAGUUCUAAUAUGUGAAGUUUAUCUGAAAUAUUUUGCUGCCUGAUAGCUUUUGUAAAGUGAUGUUGUUUGUUAAAUGGUGAAAUAGAGAAUACAAUCAUUGCCUUCUGAACAUGUAGACCUUUAUAGGUAUUUUUUAAAAGCAUAGCAUUAUAUGGAGGAGGUUUAUUAAGUUUAACUCAGAAAUGUAUGGAGCUUAAUUUUCAAAAUCACAGGUAAUGACUACUGAUUAUUUGUCUAUAGGUUUUUUAAUUAUUAUUAAGCAAGACUGUAUUUCUAUACCACCCAGGUGUAUCACUUGCUUUUUCUUUUAUUUUAAUGUUAAAAUGAUCUGCAAUUUAGAAGAUUGAAGUAAAUAAAUGCUGAGCAGUAAGCUAGUUAAUAAAGAUGUUUAUUGUUAA